AUGUCAGAAGAGUUUGUCCCUCUCACUUCAUCAUCACAUGGACGUGUCUCUGGGAAAUCAUGGAAGGCACAAAAAUCGGCGACCUUUCGAACGCAAUGUUCUGCCGGACACAGGUCCAACUUUGAGGAACGAAUGAAGAAGACUACGAAAGCAAACGCUGCAAAGAAGUUAGAGAUCGAGCUCAAAACUGAGAAAAAUGCUGAGAAGCAACGGAGACGAGAGAUCACCCUCGAGAGGAAAAACGCAGCAGAGGAGCGGCGCAGACUGGAAGAAGACAAAGCAAAGAUGGGGGCUAGAAAGACUGCAAGGCUACGACGAAAAGCAGGACGCACAAAAAAGAUUCACGGUUGA